GUUUCGUUGGAGAUGUUCGUAUAAAGACUAAAACUGGUGAAACAUAUAUAGCAGCUUCACAACGUGCUGAUGGAACGUGGAGAAAGGCAAGAAGAGUAAAGGACGGUUACAUCCCACAAGAAGAACAACCUAGAUACGAAUCACGCGGUCAGCAAAUGAGCACCAAAACUACAUACCCCGUUGGUUGGUCGCCCACUGAAGUUGUAAUCUCUAAAAAGGAAAUUGGAAAGCAGGAAUUGAAAAAACCGAUUGCUGCAGCGCUGAAGCCAAAUGCUCCGAUUACUCCUCGUGAAUGUAUUGAAAAAAAGAUUAACAAUUUGAACAGGAAGCUGCGAGAUAUAGAAAUGCUAGAGCAAAGAAUCAGAAGUGGAGAACUGGAAAAUCCAGAGAAAACGCAACUUGAAAAAAUCGCUCGAAGAGAAGCUAUUACGAAGGAAAUUGAUCAGUUGACUGCCGAAAUCGAGAAAUUAUGAUUGCUUUUCUGAAAAUUAUUUCUUUCUGUAUAUAGCACACUUCUUUGAUAAAUCAUACGCAGCAAAGAAAAUGACAUCUACAACAGACAUUGCUAAAAUGUUUUAGAUGAAGAGGAUUCAAGACUCCAAAGAUACUCCAUAUCCCAGGAGUACAGAUCGUAGAAGUAAUUUAUCCACA